AUUCUGGGGAGUGAGGGGCAGAAUGGGUUGUGGCCAGAGCAAAAUUGGGAAUAUUUAUGCGAAAAAUAGGAAGAAUAAGGACGGGGGAAAGAAGAGCGGUGACUCCAUAGGUUCAGCGUCUAUUGACCAGAAGAAUGGAACUGCCAAAAAUAAUAAAACCAACAAUAACGUCGAGCUCAAUAGAAAUGAAGAUCACAAUGGAAUCGAUCUGAAGAGUUCCACCAAAAAAAAGAGUGGAAAUGGUCCUCUACUCCAGCAAGCGGAGGUGUCAUCCAGUCAAAUCGACUUUUUUCGCAUGCUGGACGAGAAAAUCGAAAAUAUGAACCUCCUGACAUCUUCUGUGGUCCUUGAGAAUACGAAGUAAUGAAAAUAAAUUGCAACCCCUGGUGGGCUGCAAUUUCUUUCUGCGGAAAGAAAUUUUCGUGUAAUGAGUAAAAUGUAUAGCAGCUUGAGGGAUUUCUCAGUAUAAUAUAUUAUCGAUGUAUAUUGUUAUGUUAGAAAUAUUCGUGUAUCUGAUGCCAAAAGAUGUUUUCCUUGAGAUGGAAUAACAGUAGAAACGUUCGGAUAAUAUUUCUAUUUUGAAACAUCAGCCAUUCGUUCUAUUCGUGUACAUUUGAGGAGACAAAAUAGAAAUCAAUUGAUUGUGGAAUUGAUAUCUCUUUUCGAAUACUGUUUACAAAUAUUCGACUACAUUGUUAGAAGUAAUUCAACAACACCUGCAUCUCAAUUCUCAAUGUCGUGGGUUUUUAUUCAAUUUAUCUCGAGAUAUUCAACUUUAAAAUUCAUUUUUUAAAUCGAAUAUGAAAUCUCAACCGCAUUUUCCAGCGAUAUCUCCGAAACAAAGGCCGCUAAAGAAAUUGUCACCGAUAUCUUUCUCGAAGAGCUACUCAAGCUCAACAAAAAAGGUCACCACAACAAAUUCUCUAUCUUCCUUAGUUUCCCAGAUAUACCCGAAAAACUCGACGUCAUUUUACAAUUUCACAACAGAAUUCAAUAAAAUUUCCACCAGGUUGUUAAUUCGGGAAAAUAAUUUUAAUUAUCCCAAAUUUUUAAUGACUCUCAUUGAAUAUUCGAGAACUACCUCACUCUUUCUCAGAAAUUGUUGAUAAAUUUCUCGUGAGUUUGUCGUUGUGGAGAAUAAAAAAUUAUUUUACUUGAAAUUUCAACUGGAGUUGCAGUCAAGGGACUUUAAACUGUCAGACAAGCAGGAAAUAAAUGAGGAAAAUGCAUAUCAGCUGAACCAAACUUAUCAACGAGGUUUCAAAACGGCCUCGAAAUUUUCGAUAAAUUUUCCUUAUCCAUGAACUGUUCGCAAGGCCGUUCCAUCCACGGUCUUGCACAAAUAAUAGUCGAUCACAGUUUUUACACGUGAACUAGUCAUUGAUCCAAGGUGACCAAGUCAAUCUGUUUAUUUAGUUCCCAUUGAAAUUGUAGAAUUCAUCCAAAAAUUCCAGUAAAAAAGUCAAAUUAAUGGAUUGUCUCAAGAAUAAUUAAACUCACACCAACAAUAACAUGAUUAAUUAUUUUUUCAAAGUAAAAGUCAAAUGGAAUUGCGACUUCUGCGUCUAGUUUGCACCGGCCUAAAGAAUCAAUCAAUCAAUCAAUCACUUGCAGAUGAUUUUCUAUUUUAAUUGGACUCAUUUUUGGGCUUUGACGAUUAAUUUCUUUAGAUCCCUGAGUUUUAAUGCAUUUAAUUUUAAGAAACCACGAAUCGAUGGAGAAUGUAUCGAACCAAAGUACUUCGAUCCCGUAGACUGAGAGAAAAAUUAAUUUUUGCUCAUUAUCGAAUUACUCGAGGGAUAUCGUAAUUAUCUCUCUGAAAUAAAUAAAUAUUCGGCAAAAAAAUAGUUUUUUCUCAGUGCAAUUACCCAGAAAGUCCCAAAGACUUAGAAUUCUCGCAAUCAUAUUGUCAAUUUAAAAUCGAAAAAAUUGUACGAGUAAUUUUGAAUAACCGGUAAAUCAUGAGGAUUAAUCGAUAAUCGAUGUAAUGAUUGUAUAUUUAUAUGUGGAGCUUGGAAAAUGGGAAUGUGUAUCCCAGUGUAGAUAAAAGUUGUGAGAAUAAUAACUAUCCACAGUUGAUGAUCGAGGAAAUUUUAUAUUUCAUGUUACACGUAUUGAGUUUCAAAACAGAAAGGAAAAAUUAUAUUUUGUAUUCUGCUGUAUCAUGAAAUGAGAAGACUCAUUUUUUUA